AAACAUCUGUGGAGUCACACAGGUAGUAUGUGUUAUUAAGAGUGACAGAAAACUAAAUAGAAUAGAAAAAACUAUAUUACCUGUUCAUGAAAGUUUCCUUCUGUAACGCAUUUGGAUCUCGGAUAAUACAACUCAUUUUGAACGUUCUGAUGAAGGCAUGACGUCUAGCAAGUCUCAGAUUGAAAACCAAAAAACCAAAAAACACUUCGGUUAGAAAUUCCUGCAGAAAGAAACGGUGAAAUUUAGACAUUUUUAUUUGCAAGAUCUCGUCCAGUCGUCCGUCGGUACCGUCACUUGGAGAAUGCGGACUGUGGACUUGGAGAAUAAUGAAUUGAUUUGCACUCUAGCGGGAAAAGGAUUAUUUUUAUUAGAAGUAGAAAACUGGACAACUUGAACCUGGCUACUGGUAAACACAUUUUCAUUUCGACAGGUGUUUCAGAUGUUGAACUACAAAACCACAUUGCUGCUUUGAGGGGUAACUCAUGCUGCUGUAAGGGAUUGCAAUCGGCUGCCUUUUUGUUGUGAGUAAAUCACGAGAUGGGACUAAAAACCCUUAGCGCAGAUUUCCACAAAAUAAAUUUAAACAAAAAAAAAUAAACUUUUGGUCUGCUUAAAUAACGACUACUUGUCAAUCAUUGUAUAAGCUCCCAAUGACAUUUUCAAAUUUUCCUUUUAUGUAAGACCUUCUUAUGUCCCUAGAUGCCAGCCAUUUAUCAUUCAAGAUUGGACGACUUUUUUUGUUUUGUCUCUUAUCAUUAUUUAAUACUUCUGAGUUUCAACAAACAAAAGAGGCGCCUUGGCAUAAUUUGAAACUGUGACCGAUCACUGAAAAGGACCAAUUUGACGACCAAAAAGGGACACGAGAGCCCAACUGACUGAUAUGCUAUUGGAAAUCCCAUAAACAAAAGACCAAUCGACCCGUGUGUUGAUAACAAAGCAAGAGACCAGCAGGAUCACAAACAAACCUUGGCGAUUACGACUUUGACGUAAAGCAAAGUUAAACAGAUAAACAGCAGCUUUCAAUCUAAUUUUCAAGUUGGUAUCGUACAAAUCUUAAUAAAACAGGGGGGAAAAGGCAACAGCUAUUCCAUAUCUACUCAACAUCAGUUGUUUCUAGAUCUCUAAAGCGUUUUGAGAAGGAUCUUGUUUUUACAUUUGACCAGACGCCACCUCAGCAAUUUGUCAGACUACUUCCAUUCGGGAAGGAACUUAAUCGUCAAACAGGACUCAUCAAACAGCAUCUGCACGAUUUCCCGACCGACUUUCGUUGCCUUUCACGUUCCACGUCACGUCAAGCGCAAUACUGGCAUCAGUCUUUCCAGCAGCGACUUCGGAGAAAUAGACUUGCUCAACAAGAAUCUUCAUUCGUAUAAAAAUCGCGGAUGUUUCUGAAAUCAAACUUGUCGAGAAAGAGUCGCUAGGCAAUCAAACGGAAACUACACAGCGCCAACUGAAUCCGCAACUGAGCCCACAGGAAUUAAUCCAAAAGUCACGUGACCAUAAUUUCGCAUAAUAUAAAAAAAAAAAAAAAAACUUAAAAAAUGAGCUUGAAAAUUAGUCUGAAAAAGAAGAAAAAGCCGGAUUUGGAUUCAAAUCCCCAAGACGCUAGCAACGAUGAUGAAUUGCCCAAAGAGUGCUCAGAGAGUGACGCCACAGAGGGAAAGCCGGAUGAAGCAGCAGAUAAAGUCAUUGAUGAAGUCGAAGAUGAAGUCAAAGAAGAAGUCGAAGAUGGAGUCAAAGAAAAAGGUAAAUUGAAAGAAAAAGUCAAAAGUAAAGAUAAAGACAAAGUCAAAGAGAAAGUCAAGAAAGCAGAGGGCAAAUCGAAGGGCGCUGGAGCCUUUGGAAGCCUCUUUGGCAAGAAAGUCGCAGCGGCUGCAGAGGAAGCGGUUGGUGAUCCGGACAAGGCCAAUGCAACAAUUGAAGAAGACUUGUCUGGCAUUGAUGAAAUAAUCAAAGAUCCAAAUAACGUGGAUUCCUGGAUCGACGGAGUAUCACAAGUCGUUGAUGGAUCGAUCGACCAAAAGGAAACUGAAUCCGCGACUGAGUCAGAAGAAGAAGCAAAGGGUACGUUACCAGAUACGAAAAAGAGCAAGAAAAUGAGCCGAGGAAUGAGCCUGAAAAGGAAGAAAAAGCCAGAUUUGGAUUCGAAUCCACAGGACGAUGGGAAAGAAGACCAAUUGCCCAGCAAAGAUUGUCUGGAGAGUGAAACCACAGAGGAAAAACCGGAUGAAGCAGCGGAUGAAGUCACUGAUGAAGUCGAAGAUAAAGUCAAAGAAAAAGGUAAAGUCAAACAUAAAGAUAAAGACAAUAUCAAGGAGAAAGUCAAGAAAGCAGAGGGCAAAUCAGAAGUUCGAUCGAAGGGCGCCUUUGGAAGUCUUUUUGGCAAGAAAGUCGCAGCAGCUGCAGAGGAAGUGGUUGGUGAUCUGGACAAGACCGUUUCAACAAUUGGGGAAGACUUGUCUGGCAUUGGUGAAAUGAGCAAAGAUCCAACUAACGUGGAUACCUGGAUAGACGGAGUAUCAAGUGUCAUAAACGACGGAUCAGCAGAAGUAACCGAUGGAGUAGCAGAAGUCGUAAACGAAAAAUUGGCAGAAGAGCAAUCAAAAGUCACGUCACCAGAUACGAAAAAGAGCAAGAAAAUGAGCCGAGGAAUGAGCCUGAAAAAGAAGAAAAAGCCAGAUUUGGAUUCGAAUCCACAAGACGCUGGCAAAGAAGAUGAAUUGCCCAGCAAAGAGUGCUUGGAGAGUGAAACCACAGAGGAAAAAUCGGAUGAAGCAACGGAUGAAGCAGCGGAUGAAGUCAUUGAUGAAGUCGAAGAUGAAGUCAACGAAAAAGGUAAAGUCAAACAUAAAGUCAAAAGUAAAGAAAAAGUCAAAAGUAAAGACAAAGUGAAAGAUGAAGUUCAAGGUGUUGAAGACGCCAAACCUAUCAAGAAAGCAGAUGGCAAAUCAGAGAAUCGAUCGACGUUCACUGGAGCCAUUGGAAGCCUUUUGGGUAAGAAAGUCGCAGCAGCUGCAGAGAAAGCGAUUGGUGAUCUGGACAAGGCCAUUGCAACAAUUGGAGAGGAGCUGCCUGGCAUUGAUGAAAUAAUCAAAGAUCCAAAUAACGUGAAUACCUGGAUCGACGGAGUAUCACAAGUCGUUGAUGGAUCGAUUGACCAAAAGGAAACUGAAUCCGUGACUGAGUCAGAAGAAGACGAAGAAGCAAAAGUCACGUCACCGGAACCGAAAAAGAGCCUGAAAAUGAGUCUGAAAAAGAGCAAGAAAAAACCGGAUUUUGAUUCAGAAUCACAAGACGCUGGCAAAGAUGAUGACAUCCUAGAGGAGAAAUCGGAUGAAACUGAUGAUAAAGUCACUGAGGUAAUUGAAGGUAAAGUGAAUGUUACAGUCAAAAGUAAAGAUAAAGUUAAAAUAAAAGUCAAGGAUGUCGAAGACACCAAAGUUGUCAAGAAAGUGGAUGGCAAAUCGACGUUUGCUGGAGCCAUUGGAGGCCUUUUUGGCAAGAAAGUCGCAGCGGCUGAAGAGGGAGUGGCCACAGGCGGAGAAGACCUCGUAAGCGACAGACUAGCAGGAGUCGCUGAUGGUAAUCAAACGGAAACCGAUUCCUCGACUGAGUUAGAAGAAGAAGAAGCAAAAGUCAAGUUACCAGAACCGAAAAUGAGCCGGAAAAUGAGCCGGAAAAUGAGCAAGAAAGUUCUAGGUACAGAUGAUGAAUUGGCCAAAAAGUGCUUGGAGGAUGGCAGUAACACGGUACAACCGGAAGAGGCCGAUGGAGAGGCCGAUGGAGUCACCGAUGGAGUCACCGAUGAAGACCUGGGAGACACAGAUGUAGUCAAAGAUGUAAUCAAAAGCAAAGCCAAAAGUAAAGCCCAAAACAAAGUCAAAGUUGCCAAAAACGUAAAAGGUGACAAAGAUGAAGAUGAAGAACGUAAAACGAAAAGUAAAGGCAAAAGCAAAGUUAAACUUGACAAGAAAGUAAAGGGAGAUGAAGUUGAAGACCAAGUUGAAGAUGAAGCCGUAGAUGAAGUCAAACGUAAAGCCAAAAACAAAUCUAAAGUUGGCAAGAAAGUAGAAGCUGAUGAAGACGAAGAUUUAGAAGUAGAAGUAGAAGAAGAAGACUCGGACUUGGACGAAGAUGAAGUCAAUCAUAAAACCAAAAGCAAAGUUGGCAAGAAAAGACAGAACAAAAAAGUUCGAACGGCGGUCGUUUCCGUGAGUAAAGCUGUCGGAGGUAUUAUUGGCGGGCAAAUCGGAUCGGCUGCAGUUGGUGCCAUUGUCGGAGCCGUUUACGACGUGGGCACGGCCAUUGCCACACGCGGAGAUGAGAUGAACGGCAUUUGUGGAAUAAUCAAGAAUCCUACGAACGCCGAUUCCUGGAUCGAAGGAGCAUCAAGUUUGACUAAAGACACACAAGAUCAAAACAUUUUUGGCAGUGAAUCGGAAAGUGAACCAUCGCCCGAGUCAGAAGAAGAAGAAGAAGAGAGGACGCCAAAACGGAAAAAGAGUCUGAAAUCAAGUAAGAGCAUGCAGAAGUCAAUGGAAGUCGAUUCAGACCCAGUAGACCAAGACCUUGUGCGCAUCUACGACAUUACCUCGCAGACAAUGAGAAAGAUCCUGAAAGAGGCCGGAAUCGCUUUACCGGAAUAUCAAGGCGGUCGAUCAGUGUCUGCCCUCGUUAAGCAAUUGCAACGACUGACAGAAAUGGCCAAAAACGAGUCGUUCACUUUGCAUUCCUAUUUCAAACUGUACGACAGUCUGCACGAACUGGUGACCGUCCAUAGAGCAGAGUUCAAAAUGACAAGCCCAUCGACCAUCACGCUCGCCGUCGAUUCGGAAUCCGUUUGCUUCGAUGACAACCUGAAGCGCUUCAUAGCUAAACUUCUUCUGCCCGUUCACGCGGCCCACAAAGUCCCGUUGAAAGACGUUGCCAACGACAAGAAAUUCCACUGCAUCUACCGAUUCCGCUGCAUCAUUUGCGCUCGCCACGGAAAUGAAUUCGUCUACGUCGGCCAAUCGAAGAAUUUCAAGCCUCGGUUCGAAACCCACACGGGGCAGAUGUUGCGCGAUUGGGUAAAAAGUGAGGAAAGGUCCACACUGUCGAUAGGAAAUCCACUCGCAAAAUCCACACCCCGAAAGUCUUCGUCUACUGUAUUCGAUCAUCCAGGGCACUGCCACCCUGACGUGGUUGUAAAGUUUAGCGAGAUCCUCGAAGUGGACAUAGUCCAUCGUUUUAUCGAAAUCAACAAAGACAAAACAAUUCGAAGAAACUGGGAAACAUUCAGUCAGUGGCUCUUCAAAUCAAUUGAAUACGAUGACGACGAUGACGAUGACGACGACGAAACUGAAAAUGUUACUGAAAAUGUUACUGAAAAUGAAAAUUUAACUGAAAAUCUAUCUGGAAAUGCAAAAGAAACUGCAAAAGAAAAUGCAACUGAAAAUGCAACCGAAAUUGGAACCGAAAAUGAAACCGAAAAUGGCACCCAAAACGCAACUGAAAAAGAAACAGAAAAUUUACCUGAAAACUUAACUGAAAAUGGAACCAACAACGGAACCGAAAGCGCAACUGAAAAUUUAACUGAAAACGCAAUUGAAAAAGAAACUGACGACGGCCCUGAGUUCUGAUUCUUAAAUAUUUCGCAUGUUAAAGUUAAUGACCAACAAGACUUUUUAACACAUUGAUUUUCUUUUUUAGAUGGCCAUUUUAAGUUUUCUUCAUUUUUUGUUUCAAUAAACCGACUAAUAAAAGUA